AUGGCAGGGUGCGGCCCUUGCACGAUUCAGGCUGAUGACGGCCCGCUAAAGGUUCGUACUGUUUCCGCAACUGUAGCAGAGGAAAUUGGACUGAACUACCUGUACAGCACUGCCUUGUACAAAGUGGCCUUGCUUCCUUCGGCCUACGUUUACGACCUGUGGCGUUGGAACGUGUUCCGAGGCUUGUACAAACCCGAGGAGUACAACAACGCUUGGUGGGAACUACUACUGAAAUACCAAGGAAUCUGCCCCGGUAUUGCACGCUCCACGGACGACUUUGACGCACCGUCCAAGUACCACAUAUCUGCCAACGUGCCGUACAUCAGGUACUUCGUCAGCAUAAUACUACAGUUCCAGUUUUACAAGGCGCUUUGCGAAGAAGCCAACCACAUCGGACCACUUCACAAGUGUGACUUCUACCGCUCUAAAGAAGCAGGAAGACUGUUUGGCGAGGUGCUUGCGCUUGGAAAGUCGAAAUCAUGGCCCGAGGUAUUGGGAAUUCUGACCAAGGGCAGGACGAAAGAAAUGGACGCUACUCCAUUGUUGGAAUAUUUCCAACCCUUGUACAGGUGGCUCCAGAAGCAGAACGAAGGAAAACCUGUCGGCUGGAGAAGUGACAAUGCCACGGUCUGCCCGCACACCUCAGACACAUAAUUAGGCAAAAGAA